CGCAGACUCGGCCCCUCCACCGGAAGUCGAAGGCGCUAGCGGGCGCUCGGCAGAGAAGAAAUGUCUUCUAUUAAAAAAAGUCCAAAGCAAGAAAUGAUUUCCCAGUUUCACUGUUUAGCUGCGGAAGGAAACAUUGCCAGAUUAACAGCAAUACUCAGUCAUUCUCCGUCUCUUCUCAAUGAAACUUCUGAAAAUGGCUGGACUGCUUUAAUGUAUGCUGCAAGGAAUGGGCACCCAGAUGUUGUCCAAUUUCUACUUGAGAAAGGGUGUGACAGAUCUGUUGUGAACAAAUCAAGGCAGACUGCAUUAGAUAUUGCUAAAUUUUGGGGUUACAAGCAUGUAGCUAACUUACUAGCUAACACUAAAGGUGGGAAGAAGCCUUGGUUCCUAACCAAUGAAGUAGAAGAAAGUGAAAAUUACUUUGGCAAAACACUACUGGACCGGAAAAGUGAAAAAAGAAAUAAUUCUGACUGGCUACUAGCUAAAGAACGCCAUCCAGCCACAGUUUAUAUCCUUUUCUCAGAUUUAAAUCCCUUGGUUACUCUAGGUGGCAACAAAGAAAGUUCCCAACAGCCAGAAGUCAGGCUUUGUCAGCUGAACUACACAGAUAUAAAGAAUUAUUUGGCUCAACCUGAAAAGAUCACCUUGAUUUUCCUUGGAGUAGAACUUGAAAUGAAAAAAGAGUUACUUAAUUAUGCUAGGGAGGUCCCAAGAGAAGAAGAAGAUGGGUUGGUUGCCUGGUUUGCUCUAGGUAUAGAUCCUGUUGCUGCUGAAGAAUUUAAGAAAAGGCAUGAAAAUUGUUAUUUUCUUCAUCCUCCAAUGCCAGCUCUUCUGCAAUUGAAAGAAAAUGAAGCUGGGGUUGUAGCUCAAGCAAGAUCUGUUCUUGCCUGGCACAGUCGAUAUAAGUUCUGCCCAACCUGUGGAACUGAGACUAAAAUUGAAGAAGGUGGCUAUAAAAGAGUAUGCUUAAAAGAAGACUGUCCUAGCCUCCAUGGUGUUCAUAAUACAUCAUAUCCAAGAAUUGAUCCAGUCGUAAUCAUGCAAGUUAUUCAUCCAGAUGGGACCAAAUGUCUUUUAGGCAGGCAGAAAAGAUUUCCCCCAGGCAUGUUUACUUGCCUUGCUGGAUUUAUUGAACCUGGGGAGACAAUAGAAGAUGCUGUUCGAAGAGAAGUAGAAGAGGAAAGUGGAGUCAAAGUUGGCCAUGUUCAGUAUGUCUCUUGUCAACCAUGGCCAAUGCCCUCCUCCUUAAUGAUUGGUUGCUUAGCUGCAGCAGUGUCUACAGAAAUUAAAGUUGACAAGAAUGAAAUAGAGGAUGCCCGCUGGUUCACUAGAGAACAGGUUGUGGAUGUUCUGACCAAAGGGAAGCAGCAGGAAUUCUUUGUGCCACCAAGCCGAGCUAUUGCACAUCAAUUAAUCAAACACUGGAUUGGAAUGAACCCCAAUCUCUAAGUCAAAUAACUAGACUUUGAGUGCUAAUUGAUUUCUAAUACUACUCAUUUCCUCAAAUGAGAUUUGAAAUGUUCCAUGCUCUUUAGACUGUCACAACACAAAAUAUCAUAUUGGGUUUUUGAAAUAUUUUCAAAGUGUAGUUUUCAUCUUAACCACAGAAUUCUUAUCUUUAUAAAUUACAACAUUGCUCAGAUUUUGUUAAAUCUAGAUCAACCUUCUGUGAACGUUUUUUUUUUUGGUUGUGCUCCACAAUUUUAUCUCACAAAACCAUAUUUCUAAUAAGAGAAACCAUGUUCUAAAGAAAUAAGUUCUAAAAGUGUAAGUAAACCUAAAUUCCACCACCUCUUAUAAGCAUUAGACCAGUCAUUAAAGAACCUUCACUGAAAUUAAACAUAUUUGAAAGGAAUUCGCCUCAAAAGUCAGAUGUUAUAUAAAUCCCAGAAAGAUUUACAUACCUUUAAA